CCGGGUACGGAUGCUAUGUCACCAAGCAGACGUCCUUCGCCACCGACGAUGCCACUAGCACACCUGCCACCCCCGUUGCAUAUGCUGCACUGUGGCCUACCGCCACCGGGUUCCCGGUUGCCGCAUCCGCUGCCACCGCCCCCGCCACCGCUACCGCCGUCGUCGUCUUCGAUCUCGCAUCCUUCGAUGUCGCCAACGGCACAAAAGCACUACUCCUCGUCGGCGAAUCCUAGCGGUGUUAGCAGAGCGAACUCGCCUCCGCGUUCCUUAGACUCGCACUUAACGGUGUCGCCGUUGAAUCGGCUCCAGAGCAUGCAGCCGUUUGACUUUCGAAAGCUGGGUACUCUCGGAUUGCCGGCAUUUUCGCCGUUGCCACCAGCAUCCGCGGAGCAGCUCCUGCAAAAUCGAAAGUCUAUGAGGAAUCCGCACAGUCCCCACAGUCCACCUCAUCAUUCAUCGUCGCAGUUGCAAAGGCCGCAUAUGCCGGUCGCGCCGGUCUCUUCGUCGGCGUUAAACUUCGGUCAUCCACUCUCGGUCGCAGUUUCCUCCGGAGCGCUACCACCGAGCUUUCCAACGCACUUUCCACCACCACCGAUGGGUAAAUCACCUGGUGGCAUCGGUGGGCUCACCGUGCCCGCGGACGUGCACAGCGGUGGUGAGAAGAGCAGUGAGUUUGGCUCGGAGGAGGACGAAGAUGAUGACGAAAACUCCGACAGCGCGUUGAAUCUUAGCAGACGAGACUCCGCUAUGUCGAAGCAUGUGAUUUCCUCCGAGCAACGGCAUCUACCGCCGUUAUCGCUCCAAGCUACGCCGUUAGGCAGGCCACCCGGUAUACCCGGCAGGAAGCCGCACUCUCCGGGUAAGCGACCGGGCAGUCAAUGGGGCGCCGCCGCAAACAUGCCGCCGAACCUUGGUACACCUUUCAUCAAUCCCACCACCGGCAAGAAGCGCGUACAAUGUAACGUCUGUUUGAAGACCUUUUGCGACAAGGGCGCUCUGAAGAUCCACUUCAGCGCGGUACACUUACGCGAGAUGCACCAGUGCACUGUCAAGGGUUGCAGCAUGAUGUUCAGCUCGCGCAGAUCGCGAAAUCGACACAGCGCGAAUCCAAAUCCGAAACUGCACUCACCGCAUCUACGCCGCAAAAUCUCCCCGCAUGACGGCCGUUCAUCUAUGGCUCAUGCCUUGGUAUUACCACCGCAGGUAGGCCUUCCAGUUCCCGCUACUGGACUGAAUCAUCUACCUUUCGGCACGUUUCCAUUGCUCACGCCACCACCAGAUCUCCGUUCGCCAGCGUCGCUGUGUGCGCUGGACUUCAAGCAUUUGGAUUUGUCAUCCACGCAAGCGGGUCAGGGCAGACCGUACGACGAGGCGUUGCAGCAAAGAAUGGCGAGCACAGGUCUGUCAACGACCACGGCCUCGACGACGAUGCCAGUGCCGAUGUCGAGUGUUGCGCCAACCACGAUCACGACGACGGCGCGAGGAUCGUAUUCUGGUGGUGGUGGUGGUGGUGGUGCAUCCAUUAGCGCAGUCUCGCCGUCUACCCAAGCAUCAUCUAUGAUACCAGAGGGCGAGGAGGACGAUGACGAUGAUGAUGGUGGUAUCGUCGUAGUCGCGGAGGACGAAACCAGUAAUCUGCCAUCGAGGUUACAACCGUUACGUGCCGAAGAUGACGAGCAACCGGCUGAUUUCAGUCUAGCGAAACGGCCGAAGCUCUACUUUGGCGACACCGCCGACGAAGACCUUGCCAGUAAUCCCGACAGCAACGAGGAUAACGAUUCGAUGGGCACAGUUGACCAGCAACCUUUCUCCGUGAAUCAGCAUUCGCUCAACUCGAGUUCCUUUCACAACCGAGGCGUACGCAAAAGAAAAUCUCAGCAUCCUACGAGAUGUGCUGUGCCGGCGGAAGUGCAUUCCUCGUCUACCGAUGGCGACUCCUCUAAUGACGAAGAGCAGCGAAUUCAACGACGGUGUCUGUCGGAUGGUAUUGCACCAAUAGCAGAAUUUCAGAAUCAGCCAGAAGACAUGUCGAUGUCCAGGCUUGAGGCGGAGGAGCGAAAGAUACUCCCCAGCUCGCCGAGGAACCAAAAAAGCUUUCAUGAUCGCGAAUCAAACUCGCGCUCUCCGGACACCGGCAAUAGAGAGCGCGAGACAGCGACUAAUCGACGCGAUACUUUUUCCUCUCAAGACAACGCGGAGGAUCUACCUCAAGAUGAGCCGCGUGACUUGAGCUCAAGGGCGAGCUCAGUCAAGUCACCAAAACGACAGAUCACCCCAGAACCAAAGACCGACAACGCGCCACCGUCAAACACGACAUCGAGCGGGGAUUCCGACGCGAUAUUGUCGGAACAGAAAGAUCGACGAUUGAGCACGGAAAGCGACGAAACGUCAAGGGUGAAAGAGGAGACUAUUGCGAAAAAAGAAUCUGCCGAGCCGACGCAGGAGGAAGGAAGGCCGACGAACAACGAGGAGCAGCAGGAGGACGAGGAGGACGACGAUGAUGAGCCCAUGGAGGAGGUCGAGGAGGAGGAUGAUGAGGAGGAGGAGAUGGACGACGCGCUGCGCAAUCAAGAAGGUGAGCGUCCCGAUGAUCCCCCCCGUGCCCCGAGCUCGGUCGACAGCCGUCCAACGACAGCCGACGACCUCUCCCACGACUCCUCGACCAACACUUUGCGUCAACUCGAGUCCUUGUCGCAGGGUCGAUGCGCGAUGCCGUACGCCGAGACGCAGCGGGAGGCUUUGAGGUCUGGCCGCGGCUCUACCAGCCCUAUCAGCCUCACGACCCACCAGGAGAUCAUCAUGGACAACUCCUCACAUGGCUCUCGUUCAUCCAGCGCCUCACCCUCCACAGUGGCCAUGGAUACGGACAAUAGCCUGAUCACGUACGCACGUUACGAGAACGGCGGCUUCGUCAGCACCCAGGAAGUGCCGCUCGACCGUGAAAAUCCACGCCGGUGCACUGCCUGCGGCAAGGUCUUUCAGAAUCAUUUCGGUGUCAAGACUCACUAUCAGAACGUCCACCUCAAACUGAUGCACCGCUGCAGCGUGGAUGGUUGUAAUGCGGCCUUUCCCUCGAAACGAUCUCGUGAUCGCCACUCGGCGAAUCUCAAUCUGCACCGGAAAUUGCUGUCAACCUCGUCGAGUCCGCCGCUUUCCACCAGCCUGCCACCGAGCUUAUCGCCGCGUGUUGACGAUCCGCAGAUGAAUCCGCUGCUACACAACGAGUUCCUGGCACGACUCUAUGCGGAUGCUAGUAUCGGUGCAUUGGGCGCGUAUCCCUUAGCACCUGGACUGCCAUCUGCGGUCGAUCUAGCGGCCCGGAUACCACCACCGCAUCCGCUCCUGCUACCACCGCAUCUUAGCGCCACGUUCCCGGGUCUAUCCUCGUUCGCGUCUCACUUGGCUGGUCUAAACGGCCUCACUCAUCAACAUCUGAAUCACUUGACGAGAUUGACCCAGGAACAAGGCAAUAGGCAUGCGUCUGUUUCGGGUUCGCCUGUAUCUUCGCCAGGCUCGGACGAUCGCAAAGAGGAGGCUAGGUGCACUGUACCAGGUUGCGAGCGCAUCUUCGGUUCCCGAGCCGUACGAGACGCACACUCGAGGGAUCCCCAGGCCCACCGCGACCUGCCGAUCUUGUCCACCAGCAGCGGCUCGUGACCGAUCUCGUUCUACGGCCGUGGACACGAUUAUUAUCCUUUACUGUGAUGCCAAAAUCCUAACUCGGCGACUCGAUUCGGCCGAUCGAUCACCGAUGAUCUCGUUUCUAAUUAGGAUCGGCAGACCUAGACGCGGUCUUCCCCACGAACAGGGCACGUUUUGUUGUCCUAAAACGUUUCAUUCGAACGUGCGUAAAAACGUGCAAUAUCGAGCAGAGUGCGUGCGGAAUGAUCGACCAU